CAUGUCAUUUACUUUAGUGUGCGUGUGAGCAAUGAACUUGGAGCGGGAAAUCCAAAAUCUGCAGCAUUUUCAGUAUUAGUGGUGACAAUAAUGUCCUUCAUCAUAUCACUCAUUAUUGUGGUAAUCAUCCUUUGCUCUCGCGACUAUAUUAGCUAUAUAUUCACCGAAGGUGAAACGGUGGCUAAAGCCGUCUCUGAUCUCUGCCCUUUACUUGCCAUCACCAUCGUCCUCAAUGGCAUCCAACCAGUUCUAUCAGGUGUGGCUGUUGGGUGUGGAUGGCAAGCCUUUGUUGCCUACGUUAAUGUUGGCUGCUAUUAUAUUGUUGGCAUACCUGCUGGUGUUGUUCUUGGUUUCGAUUUUGGCUUUGGCCUUGGAGCAAAGGGAAUUUGGUCAGGUAUGAUUAGCGGAACUUUCAUGCAAACUCUCAUUCUUCUUUGGGUCACUUUCCGAACCAAUUGGAGUGAAGAGGUUGAAAAAGCCCAGCAAAGGUUGGAGGCAUGGGAUGAUAAGAAGAAACCUCUACUUGCGAACCAAAGCUGAAAAACUUGGCCCAAGGAGCAGCUUUGCAAGUUGGCGAAUCAUAAUAUCUCCGAGCAGGGCCCGUUACAUGUUUCAGAGCUUUGUGAUUGUAUGCAGGUGAAGAAAAUAAACAGAUGGAUGAGGAAUUGGGAUGAAGAUUUCUUAAAUUAUAAGUUGAAAGAGGUCUUAGGGAGGGUAGUCUGAUAGAAUUUUAUUUUUAGCAUUUAUUGAAGGUGUAUUUAGCAUUUUUAUUUGCGCAUGAAUGAGGAAGACAGAAAGGUUGCAUGA